AUGGACGUGCUCAAGAAAAUCGGGGGCUGGUUUGCUCCUCCGCCGAACAAAGCGGAAGACGGUCGUGAUGCAUGGCCUUCAAGGGCCUCCUUUCUUCUAGCCUCGAUGGGUGGCUGUGCCGGAAUGGGCAACCUCCUACGGUACCCAUCUCAGGUGUACAACAACCACGGUCUGCAGUGGUACAUCCCAUACCUGAUGGCGGUGUUCAUUGUGGCCAUCCCGGUUCUCGUACUUGAGAUUGCGAUUGGACAGGCCUAUCGCGGCGGUAGUGUUGUGGCAUACGCAAAUGUCAAUCAGAGACUGAAAGGAUUGGGACUGUCGUUGAUCUACGUUGGAUUCGUUGUCACGCCCUAUUUCGUCGUCAACUUGGCGUGGAUUAUGAGUUACUUCCGCCACUCAUUCACAAGUCCGCUACCAUGGACCAACGAGCCCGACUACUUCUUCAACCGAAAGGUUGUUGCUAACGUUGACCCGAUUGAGGGUAAUUUGACAGCAGAUGGUACCAGCGUUUUGAACUACACCGAGUACCCCGGUACCGCCCUGUUGGGAGAGACGACCGGAUGGGCAGCUUUCACCUUUUUUCUCAUGUACAUCUCCAUUUUCCGCGGUGUUGGACUUACUGGUCGCGUCGUAUAUUUCACGAUGGGCUUGCCUAUCGUCGUCACUAUCGUCUUGAUUGGCAGGUCCGUGUCUCUCGAGAACGCUGGCGAAGGUGUGAAGCUUUACUUCGCGACAUGGAGAGGUGAUCAACUAGCACGAGGCCAGGUCUGGCAAACAGCUUGUGGCCAGGUCUUCUUCAGUACUGGAGUGGGUUUCGGCUACUUCACGUCCUACGCCUCUUACAACCGCCAGUACUCAAACGCAGUCAUGGAUUCCAUCUUGAUUGUCUGCAGCAACGUACUAUUCGAAAACAUCGCUGCAUUUGCUGUCUUCGGCGUCGUCGGGUACCUCGGCAUGCGUCCCGACCCAGAGAACCCCAUUGGAGGCUUCAGCGUCGGCUUCCUCACCUUACCUCAAGCAGUGGCUGAAAUGCCUGGUGCCAACUUCUGGGCUGUAGCACUGUUUUUCACACUCAUGGUUCUUGGGUACAGUUCAGCAUUCGCCAUGUUGGACGCCAUCGUCACACUGGUCAUGGACACGGGCAUCAAAGCCAGCCGACCUAUAGUGGUCACGUCUCUCACCAUCAUGUCUUUCCUUAUGUGUCUUCCAUACUGCACAGAGUUCGGCUACUACCUCCUGACUGGCAUUGACCGGUGGACAAACGAUGUCGCAUUGGUUUUCGUCGUCUUCGCCGAAUGCAUUUCUUCAACGAGCGUUUACCGUUGCAGGGAUGUCAUUGGGCAAGUCGGCAAGCCAGCUUUCGUCAUCUACAACACAUGCUACAUCCUAGCCAUGGUUGUAGGAGUGGCUAUCGCCCAUGCUGUACACCCCGGUGCUGGAGCUGGCGUUGGAUUUGGUAUUUUCAUCGGUGGAAGUAUCGCCUCAGUUGUCGUCGGCAAGAACCCUGACUCUCUGCCGCCACGGUUCUGGGGCAAGAAUGCUUUCAUCAGCAAGUUCUGGUAUUUGGCCUUCUACUCUGGAAACCAACUUCGCAGAGACCUCAACGUGGUCAUAGGAAGCGGAAAGAACUGGAAUAUUCCGACUUUCUGGCCUGUGUUACUACGCUACAUCUCGGGACCAAUCUUGGCCAUCGUCUACGGCUUCUCUUACCCGUCAUUCUACAAACUACGAUACGAUCCCUUGCAUAUCCUCGGCUUUGCUGUAGGCCACGUCGCCCUAGUCUUGAUCUUGGCCGGCUUCAUAGUGCCGCGCUGGUUCAACGUCUUCAUCCCAGCGCAUCGUCGAAACGAAGGAAAGAUGGCCUAUGCACCAAAUGUUACCAUCGGUGCAGACGAGGCUCAAGCUAUCGCGGCUGGGACUAUGGAGCAAGGAAACUCGCAGACUCACUCGCAUUCGGAAGAAGGCGUUGGUCGAAAGGAGUCGCCUACCAACGAAGGCCUCAUUACAGGAGAUGAAAAGAAAACUGCCUUAUGA